GCGGAGGGGUGACCGCGCGUUCCGUUCGCAACGAUGGCUGACGACGCCGCUGCUCCCGUGGUGACACCCGCGAAGAAGGGACGCAAGCCCAAGGAGGGAGGUGCGAAGAAGAAGGCCAGCAAGCCGUCACACCCGCCUACGUUGGAGAUGAUCGCCAAGGCGAUCUCUGCCGAGAAGGAUCCCAAGGGCGUCUCAGUGAUGGCAAUCAAGAAGUACAUUCUGGCGCAGUACAAGGUGCAGCCGGUGAUGUUGCGGCACAUGCUGCGGCGCGCCUUCGAGGCCGGUCUCGCCUCCGGCAAGCUAACCCGGCCCAAGGGUCAAGCCGAGGCCCGUCUGCUUUCCGGCCGGUACCGCCUGGCUUCCAAGGAGAAGGCCGGAGCCGCAGCCGCCGCGCCCAAGCCCAAGAAGGUCAAGUCGCCGGCCAAGAAGGCGGCCGUGAAGAAGGUCAAGAAGGCGAAGACGCCGAAGAAGAAGGCUGCACCGGCCGCCGCCAAGAAGGCGAAGUCUCCCAAGAAGGUCAAGAAAACCCCGAAGAAGCCCGCCGCCAAGAAGGCUCCGGCGAAGAAGAAGAGCCCCAAGAAGGCAGCGAAGAAGGCGUAAGCGCGCGCGGGUGCGUGAGAAGUGUACAAAGUCAAAGAUCAGUGUAUAUAUCAUCCGGCUUGUGUUGAUCAUGGUUUGGUAUAGCGUGGCACGUCCGUCAGGAGCUCUGGCGCGGCGUUUGCCGAUGUAGGUGCGGAUCUCAUCUAGCGGCGCAGAAAGUGGCGGAUCACUUUGUCAUUCAAAUAAAGACAGAAAGUCAUCUGUCAUACAUGAGUCAUACGUAAUAAAAAAUGAAGCGUG